AUGGACCGAAUUGCAUAUGUCCUCAUCCUCCUUGUGAGCUUUGGACUAAAAGUUCACAGUUUGAAUAAACGGGGUAUGGUCUAUGGAUUCGACAAGAUUGAACCGUCAGCCAACCUCACAUGGUCAUCAUGCUUUGAUGCCUUUAAUUGCUCUAGACUGGAAGUUCCUUUGGAUUAUUCAAACAGAAGCCUUGGCAUGACAUCCGUUGCCUUCAUCAAGUUGGCUGGCAAAAAUGCCACCGUCGAGUCUCCAAGUAUCGUAGUCAUUCCCGGCGGUCCGGGUGGUUCUGGUGUCGACUUACUCCUGUCAUACCAGAAUAUUAUCGGGCAGAUGUUUGGAGAACAGUACAACUUUGUCUCGUUUGAUCCUCGUGGUGUGAACAACAGUGGUUUGCAUCUAGAUUGCUUCUCGGGGGACGCAAAUGCAAGAUCUGCCUUUUAUCAACUGCAUAGAACAGGCAUCACCAGCAUCUCAUCAACAUCACUUGAGGAACAGUACUACUCAAGCUCGAUAUAUGGUGAUUGGUGCAACCAUGCCGUCGAGAAAAACUCACCCCAUUCAUAUUAUGUGACUACACCAGCAGUUGCACAUGAUUUGCUCGCGUUCACCGAGGCAGAGGCCGAGAUAGCCGGUAAAUCGCCAUCAACUGCUAAGUUGUGGUGCUAUGGCAUCAGUUACGGGACUGUCAUCGGCAGUACUUUCGCUUCCAUGUUCCCUACCCGCAUUGAGAGAAUGAUACUUGAUGGCGUUUUAAAUGCAGAUCAAUAUUAUAACAAUUAUUGGACGGACAAUGUUGAUCAAAUGGACGAGGCAAUGGAAACAUUCUCGACCUUCUGUCAUUACGCAGGGCCUCAAAAUUGCUCAUUUUGGGGACCGACGCCAGAGAAUAUCACGGCAAAAUUGGAUGGUAUCACUCGUCAAUUUCGGAAUCGUCCAGUCCCGUUAAGUGGAGUUGUAGGCUCAAACCUGCCGACAAUGGUCACUUAUUCGGACCUAAAAACUCUUUUUCUCAACGCCCUCUACACCCCACUGGCAAAGUUUCCAGACAUGGCCGAUGUCUUACAUCAGGUGGAGCGCGGGAAUGUCUCUGGUCUUACAGGCUUGUUUGAACAGUCAAACUCUAUAACUGACGCUCGGCUCACCAUCACAUGCACCGAUACCUAUCGGACAAACAGACUCACUACCAUUGAAGAGUUCAAGACUUGGGUGGAUUACACGGUCAACAAGAGCAAGUACAUUGGUGAUAUCUACCCUAUGCUACUUGAAGGUAUCUUAUGCCGUUCAUUUCGCCCGCAAUUGCCCGAUAGCAUGGGAUUCAAAGGCAAAAUAGGUGGACUUAAUAAGCCUACGUCCUUCCCGAUCCUCUUCGCGAGCAAUACAAUCGACCCUAUUACGCCGCUGAUAUCGGCACGCAAUAUGUCUUCUAGGUUUGCCGGAUCGGUGAUUUUGAUGCAAGAAGCCGUUGGCCAUACGGUAAUCAACCAAGGGGGUUCAAACUGUUACUUUGAACAUAUUCAGGCAUACCUCGGAGGCGUAGUUGUACCGUCCAACACCACGUGCUCACGGCAGUACAUUCCUUUUAUAGACGGCUCACCCUUUUAA